AUGGUGGUGGUGGACAAGAUACAGCCUCACUUACCCAACCUUGUUAUCCACCAAAUCCAGUCACUCCUUCCCACCAAAUCUGCCCUCCGCAUGAGCUUUCUUUCCAAACAAUGGGAAGGAGUGUGGCCUUUGUCCCCUGUUAUAGAUUUCGACCAGGGAGGUACACACACUGAUGACGAGGACAACAUAAAGUUCAUCAACAUCUUGGAAAGGUAUUUGGAAUUCUGUCUGAAAGACAAACAACUCUUGGAUAAAUUCCGGCUUCACAUGAGAUAUCAUGGAGAAGGUAGAACUGUUACUGUAGUCGAUAUAUGGGUAAGGUUUGCAGUUAUGAGAAGCAUAAAAGAACUAGAUAUCAGCCUUGGAAGUAUCUGGCCAGACUACUACUACUUAUCCUUGGAAAACCUUGGUGGAAAAUCUAUCACAACAUUAAAUUUGGAGUAUGUAGCAAUCGAUAAGAUCUCUAACGAGUUGAGCCUUCCUUCCCUGAAAUAUGUGUCCCUCAAGACUGUGCGCAUGGACUACUCGGUUAUACAUAGAUUGAUUUCGGAGUGCCCUUCCAUGGAGUAUUUGUCACUAACUUCAUGUUCUCUAAUUGACCGAGGCAAAAUGUCACUUGCAACACUAUUUCUCUAUACUAGUUCAAGUUAUAAUAAUCUCAAAACAUUGGAAGUUAGGGACUGCAUGUUUUCAUAUAUUCGAGUUACAGGAAUAAAUCUGGAAUCUUUUACACUCGAUUCGAGAUAUAGGCACCUCAAGAGGGUUGCCUUAUGUGGGUGA